UUAUGUAACAUUACUUCUCGCUGGACAAUUGGUCAUCGAACGACCCGGACAGAAACUCAGCCCAACUCUUCAUAUAUACCCUUUUUCCCCUUGGCAAAUCUUCCAAAUUCUCUCGCUCUUUCAUUUUCAUCGACCCAAGUUCUCAGUCAUGGCCGAGGUUGAGCUGAAAACAGCACCUGCUGAUUUUCGAUUCCCUACGACAAAUCAAACCAGGCACUGCUUCACGCGAUACAUUGAGUUUCAUAGGUGCUUAGCAGCAAAGGGUGAAGAGUCUGGUGAAUGUGAAAGAUUUUCCAAAUAUUACCGUUCGCUUUGCCCAGGCGAAUGGGUUGAGAAGUGGAACGAGCAGAGGGAGACUGGGACAUUCCCAGGUCCGCUUUGAUUUAACAUCAGCAGCUUGGAAUGAUCUUUCUUUCACAUGAAAAGUUAUGGUUCACUUUUGUUGUUUUAAGUCUUAUGAGUUGCCUGAUUUUCAGUUGGAUCAUUGUGAAUCAAUAAGUAACCAGUUCAAAUUUCAUUGGGUUUAUUGAACCACUGCAUUUGUGAAGGACUUGAAAUAGACCUGAAAUGUCAUUCUUGUUUAAUCUUGGGUUAUUUUCAGCACAAAUGGUUCCCUAGUUUGAUAACA